AUGUCGUACUUCACCAAAGAUUAUUUCGCGAGCUUCCUCAAUAAACCAAACCAGCCGCAAUCUCCGAAGGUCGAAAAUGAUAAAUCCCAUGAAUUUAUACUCUCGUGGAACGUCGUGAAAGUGCGUGUAGAUUCAUCGUUUACUUUGAACAACUUCAAGUUCACGUCUAUUUCGCAGUCAACCUUGAUGCACCCCGACGAACGGCAACUGGCAUACGGAAUCGAUUCUACGGAUGUUCCGACUUCUCUCAAGGCCAUGGUCGAUGCGCUGGUUUGGGAGACGACACGAACCGAAGCGGGUGCAACGGGCGCAUGUAUGGAGUAUUUGCUCAAGAAUGAUGUUCUUGGUACCCUUGUGCGUCUUAGCGAAUCCGAUAGACCGUCUGGGGUGCAAGCAUAUGUCCUGAAGACUGUGCAAAAUAUGGUCAUAAUGCUGGACGAGCAGUUCCUGGUUCAUUCGGCGGUUCAUCGCGCUGUGCUGAGGUUGCUCAGGAAUUGUGUGGGGGACGAUAUUCAGGAACAGUUGGAUGGGAGAAAUAAACUCAUGGGAGCGGCGAAGAACUCCGUGCGGAGCCAACCCUCUGAAUACGAGGAGGAUCUGGUUCACCUCCUCUGCCUCCUCUGCAGCCGUAUCCUUACGUACAGGGAACUUCUCAUGAUAUUCUUCCAUGACAAGCACUGGUACAGAUCAGAACCGUUGUUCUCUGUGAAUGAAGAAGAUGAAGAUGAAGACGACGAAGACGAGGAUGAAGGAGGAAACGAACAUGUUGAUGGUGAUGGGGAAGUUGGCGACGAAUCUACAGCCCACUCGACGGACACUUUAGCCCCACCGGUCUCACCUACGUCUUCCCAGUCUACAGUGACGUCUGCCCCAGCAUCAUCCGUGACCAAACGCACAGAAUACGAAUUUCUAUUAUUCAACUACCUCUUGCGUUUCGUGCAUCGCGAAGGCAACAUCGGAGAAUAUGCACGUAUCGGUCUCUUAUACUUGAUGGACGUUGCAAUGUCUCCUUGCGAACCCACACAUCGACUCGGCGACACGCAAUCCUCAUUACCUGCCGCUGGCUCUGACCCUAUCAUGGAUGCUGCCCUAGCACUGGCCGAAUACAUCCUAGAUGGGGACUUUUCCGAAGUUCUGGCUGCUGGGCUCGGCGCCGUUUACUCUUUGCUUCCAACCAAAUUGGAGUUCAGGCCUAUGGCCGAAUCUGAAGCUUCUCCGCCGGGCGGGAUGGUCAUCGGUGGCACGGGACCCGCAGUGGAGGAUGAGAAAGAGCGACGCGAGGUAGCCAAGGAUCAACGGCGCGCCAUGGGUAUCGAAGACGCGUCGAGCCCGGAUUUCAAGCUUCAGCUCGAACAUUUCCUCAAGUUGUUACAGUUCCUUCAAGACGUCCUGAAGAGGAACGUGACACAAGGUCGUUUGGACUCGAGUUUAGAACCAUCAGCUCUGAUUGGAGCAGCCAUCGCACAGAGUAUACUGGACGCCGUUCGUCAAGUGUUCCUGGAGAACAUAUUAUACCCUUCUGUGCUAGAAUGCUCAGAUGCGGAUGGCAGCGCUGUAGCAGUCAUGUCCUACAUCGAGGUCAUGAUCUGCACACUACGCGACGGUCAACUUUCCGACCUCCUUGUUAACUUCUUGAUGAGCGAAGACAACGAUGAAAUACGUUCGAAUCCGAGACCUGCAUCUCUCUUGUCACUUAACUCCGCCCCACCCCAGACACGCUCGAGUGGUCCACCCGCGAGCAGACAAACGAAACUGAAGCGGCGAAAGAGCAGCGCGAUGGCUCUGCUAGAAAUGGAGGCACCUGAUUCCAACCGUCCAUCGGAAUAUUUCACGUCUAUGGGACGCUUUACUCUCAAGGAUCUACUCCUAACGAACCUUCGCUCGCAGUCUCAGGCCACAGCGACUUCGGCCCUUCAGUUACUACGAACAAUGCUCCUUUGCCAUCCCCAAUUAUGUCAAGAUCGCUUACUCAUUGUCAUCCCGGACCCUCUAGCCACUUGCUUCCCCUAUCCAUCUGUCAUCCCAGCUCAACCUCUACCGAACGAUGCCGAAGAAGACGAGGUUUUUAAAUACCCUGGUGCUGACGAUACAGAACUAGAAAACCCUUCUGGCUUGCUUAAGGCCUUCCCAUUCCCACAGCCUGAUACGACAUACAACACUCACGAGCGGGAGAUGGACCUCUACUUGACGUUGGUCUCUCGUGUUGACCCAUCCCACAGUACAGAAGCCUUCAGUACGGGCUAUGAACACUACCUUCACGAUGCUCUCAUGUCCAUUCAAUCACACCCUGCCUUCCAGAUGGAUAUUGACAACGAAGCACGUAAACGAAGGAAGCAUCGGAUGAAUGUCAACGAUCCGCUAACAUCUCUUGUCCUCGACUCACUACGAAACUUCUUUGCCAACACCCCGGAAUUCAACAUGACUCUCACAGGCGCUUUGGUUUCCUUAGCUAUUCACCCAGAUCGUUCUCUUGCUGGGUGGCUCACCUUCGCAACACCUGAAGAGGACGCGACGGAUGGGUUGAAGGCUGAGAGCGUUGAAGAUGAUGUAUCCCUUGGCGAUGAUGACCGCUCUAUUGACUUCAAGAUUCAGGAAGACCUAGCAACGGAAUCUAACAUUCUCCCUGCGUUGCGAAUGGACGAUAAAUCCCGCCCAGUUGUUCACACUAUUUUCCACUCCCUCGUGUCGCAAUUGGAACGUUACAGACAGCUUGUAAACAACUUUGACAAGCUCCUCCUUGAGCGUCGUCAGGGACUACUAUUCUCCGAGAAUCUCAAUGAUGCCCUAAGCCUUGGGCUGAAUCUUGACGAUGCGUCAACUAUAUCGUCACCCCCACCGACCACGCCAGAAAAGCCCAAAGUAAAGGCCAAGUCGGCCGCAUCCUCUAUCGUGUCUUUCCUCACUCCGCGGAAGAGUAAGGCAGGCAAGACCGCGCCACCUUCCGAGCCUACGUCCGACUCUCGAAGCGAUAGGAAUCUGGCCGCGAGCCCAUUCGGUGCACAUUAUCAGGAGACCACCGCCAUCACUGUUGAACCGUUUGCUGCUCCGUCACCUAUUGCCGCGCCAUGGGCUGGGUCUGAUACGGCAAAGUGGUCAACAGACGACGAAGAUGUUUUCUCUUCAGGUUGGUCGCAAUCCAAGCCAUCCGCACAAGAGGAGCAUCCCAAGAACAAUGAGAGCCCACCAAAGGCCACAAUAACACUGUCUCAAUUAUUGGAUAGCGUUGUCAUUCUGGAAGAGAGUAUCAAGGAGCUGGCUGCUAUUAUACAUGCUAGACGAAGUCUUGGAAUUGAUGCUGUCCGCUAUAUCUAG